AGAAGAUAUUAUCUACCCGGCAGGAGAAGGAGUCUCCUAUCUAAAGGUAACACCGUUGAAAUGUCAUAAACUGUGAGCUUAAUUCACCGAUAGUGUCUGACUGUUGUGUUCGCCUGUGCACAGCGGUUUGGUGAAAAACGCUGACGCUGGAUUCACAUUAGUAUUCAACAAAAGUGGGCAGAUGCGUGAAGCUGUUUUUCCACAGAGGCUCAAGUUUCAGAAAAUGUUCAUUUGCAUUCUCACGUUGAGGAAACUUUGAAUGUAAAUGAGGUCGUGGUUAAUUCUCGUAAGUUGCCGAUGUGUCACUCACAUCGUGACCACUGGUCAACCAGACUGAAUCACUGGUGCAGACACGAUUAUAGCUCGUAGAGGUGGAAAAAAAAAACAACAACUCAUCUGUAACUCAGCUCUUAAAAUAAGUGUACCAACGACUUCUUUACACUGCAGAUUUCCCCUCAGACUUGAUAUAAGCUAAGCCAAAACACAGUCCUUGUUGUCGUCGCAUGCAGUUUGUGCAGUGAUAAUAGGUUAAUAUUGAAUCUACUGAGGUGAGGAAAAGGAAGAAAGAUGAAGCUGAACGAGCGCAGCGUGGCACACUACGCCACCUGCGACUCACCGCCUGACAAGACUGGCUUCCUUUUCAAAAAAGGUGAGCGCAACACAGCUUAUCACCGGCGCUGGUUUGUCCUCAAGGGCAACAUGCUCUUCUACUUUGAGGAGCGCGACAGCAAAGAGCCCAUUGGCGUCAUCGUCCUGGAGGGAUGCACGGUGGAGCUGUGCGAGUCGGCUGAGGAGUUCGCCUUCGCCAUUAAGUUUGACUGUGCGAAAGCGCGGGUGUACAAGAUGGCUGCUGAGAACCAAGCGGCCAUGGAGUCCUGGGUGAAAGCGUUGUCAAGGGCCAGCUUUGACUACAUGAGGCUAGUGGUAAAGGAGCUGGAGAGGCAGUUGGAGGAGAUCCAGGAGGCUGGAGGAUCUAGCUGUGUUGGGGCUGGAGCUGGAGGCCUGCAGGUCAGGUCGAAGACCUCCAGGCGAAACCAGGUGGCACGUUCCAGGUCAGGAGCAUCCUCUUCCUCAUCUCUGUCUUCUGUGUCAUCAUCACCAAGUGCUGCUACCAUGUCAGGCCCCUUCUCUGCCCAGAAGUGCCUCCAGGAUGAGGGGCAGCUCAUCUCCGAGUGCUCAAAGGAGAACGGGGUCACAUGGAGCAAACCACAAGCUGCCUUGGCAAACGGCUUUGUUGAGACGGCGUGCGUGGCCUGGGAAGCCUUCGGAGACUCUGGGAAUAACACUGUGACUGGUUAUGGCGGUGAUGGGGCGAGGGCUCCACCCGUUCCACCCAGAAGAAGAGGAGCUUCUUUGGAAAGCCCCGUCUCCCCAGGAACCAGCUGCUUCUCCAAACUCCACGACUGGUACGGGAAGGAUGUGGAGGAGCUGAGAGUGCAGUGGCUGCAGAGUCAGUAAACUAACAGAGAUGGAUCGUCACUUUUAUUCCACAGUCCAAUCAUUCCUUUUAAAACAGCCUGCAACAUUACAGACUCCCAAGUGAGUGUCAUUUACAAAUUACAGUCUUAUAACCAAUUGUGAAAAACAAGAGAAAAAUGGAGAUUGAUUCGAGAUCUUGUCUGGCACAGGAGAAUCAAUCCGUCUUAAACAUCAAUACUAUCCACUGUACAAUCAUAGACAUCAUAAAAAAAACACAAAAUAUGCUUGAUUUUUUUUUUCUUCGCCACAGUUUUUCCUGAAUGUUAAAUGCCAAGUACAAUUAAAAUGAGAAAGUCGUUUUUAAAACGAUGUCAUUAAUGAAAUGUGUCAGUGUUUAUGACAAGAUGCCAAGAGUUUGGCUUUGAAUGACCUUGUAGCAGAUAAUUUCUUAUUGCUUGAUGAUUAUGUUGCCUGUACUUAAUUCAAGAUUUAUCUUCUCUUUUAGCUUCCAAACAUACUUGUGGCAUUACUUUGGCGUCCAGUUUAAAGGUGCUCUAUGUAGAUUUGAUAGUGAUAUUUGAAAAUUGGAGAAGUGAAACAAUUAUACGCUAUAUUUUGUGAAAUUUAUUUUGUUAAAUCUAAAGAUAUAGCACAAAAUGGAUAGGUUGAUAUAGUGAUACCUUGACUGCAGCAAACAUUGGAAAAGGCAAUGGAGAAUCCUUUAGCUGUAUGAUGCCCAAUGUUUUCCUUUUCUUGAGAGAGAGAGAAAAGAAAUUCAAUAUUUAGCAGGUAAGCCAGGAAAUUGCAAGAAGCAGUGGGAUGAUAACGAUCUUUAAUAAAAACAAAACAGCAUUUUGAGUUUCUUUCAAGCUUAAACAACCUUAAACUGUGACGUUGAUUUAAUACAUUGACCUGAAGAGAAACAGGGCUGAUACUCUUGGGAUGCAAAGUGUUGUGGGUGAACAUUAGUCCAGCUUCUGCUCCAUACUCCCGCUGGGGCACAGCACAGCCAGGGGGGCCCCGUGGCUGCUAAGGUCAGAGCAUCCUCUCUACAGUCACUGGGGACUGUGGUGGGAGCUGGAUGCCCUGCUCACAGCAACACUCUAGUAUUUUUAGCUCUUGUUAGCCAUCGGCCAGAUGAUGCCAUGUCAUAAGAAUGCUUGUCACUUACUUCUCUAUUGACUCUUGUAUUUUACAUCCUUCACUUUACAGGGCAUAACACUUGCUUUAAUUAUCCUUAGAAUUCAUUUCAAAUGAUGUAAUUGGAUCAUCUUCAAUUGCCGUUGUGCAUUUCAUACAGCUGGUUUGUUUGUUACAGCUGGUUUAUCUGAGUGAUAAAGAAUGAGUGUUAGACUACUCUACUGUAAUGUAUGUGAAUAUAUAACCUCCUGGUUUGUGUCUAAAUAUUUUCUAUUCCAUGUUGGAAAUUAACACCAGCAGUUUGGCAAAAUGUACAAUUUCACUCACUGUAUAUCUUUAUCCAAUCAUAUCAUAACUUAACACUUUUGUUUUAAUGUGCCUUAUUAUUUUUACGACUCUUUUAAUCAAACUGUUACCUUACUACAGCGAUGGGAGGGUUUUGACUUUUCCUCUUUUUUUAUGGUGACUGUUCUGCUGUUUUGCUUUCGUGCUAUAGCUCAUGUCGUUGCAAUCACUUUUUGACAAUGGCUCUGUUCCUUCAGUCUGCAUCAGUGCACAGCUCUGCUAUUACUGGUGUACACUUGGCUUGUAGAAACGACACUGUGGUUACAGCGGUUUCACAGCACUAUGUUUUUCACACGUUUUAUCCAAAAUGAUGAUUCCAGUGCCAAUUUUAUUCAUUCCAGUCAGAAAAUAAUUAUUGUAUUAAGGAUGACAUUUCUGCUCUUUAGUUUUUUGAUGUGAUACUGAAAGGAAUUUGUGAAUGUGUCAAAUAAUCAUAUAAAUGAGAAUGGUAUCUACCUUUGUUCAGGAGUGCCAAAUGAACAAUGCAACCUAAGUGCACAAUAAACCUUUUUAUCUAUUGACUUACACAAUUAUGGUAAAGAUUCAAUGUUAUAGUACCAAAUAUGAGAAUUAUUUAAAAUGACCAAUAAUAAUAAACACAUUGUCCUAAUAUGGUACUAUAAAGAUGAAAACAAAUCAAUAAAAAAUUAUAAAUAA